AUGCUGGGGGCCCAUCGCAUCCUGUCGCUGUGGCUCGUGUCGCUGCUGCCAGGGACGGCGCGCGGCUUCCGUAAUGCCUCCCGGAGGACGUUCGAGAUCGACUACGACCACGACUGCUUCCGCAAGGAUGGCCAGCAUUUCCGCUACAUCUCGGGCAGCAUCCACUACUUCCGUGUGCCCCGCUUCUACUGGGAGGACCGGCUGUUGAAGAUGAAGAUGGCUGGGCUGAACGCCAUCCAGUUCUACGUGCCCUGGAACUACCACGAGCCCCAGCCGGGAAAGUACCAGUUUUCCGAGGAGCACGAUGUGGAGCAUUUUAUCCAGCUGGCGCAGGAGCUGGGGCUGCUGGUCAUCCUGAGGCCCGGACCCUACAUCUGUGCGGAGUGGGAGAUGGGAGGAUUGCCUGCGUGGCUCUUAGAGAAGGAAAAAAUUGUUCUCCGUUCGUCUGAUCCAGAUUACCUGGCAGCUGUGGACACAUGGUUGGGGGUCCUUCUGCCCAAGAUGAAGCCUCUCCUCUACCAGAAUGGAGGGCCGAUUAUAAUGGUGCAGGUUGAAAAUGAAUAUGGCAGCUACUUUUCCUGUGACUAUGACUACCUGCGUUUCCUGCAGAAGCGUUUCCGCUACCACUUGGGUGAUGACGUGGUUCUGUUCACCACCGACGGCCACAUGGAUUCUUUUCUGAAGUGUGGGGCGCUGCAGGGGCUGUACGCCACCGUGGACUUCGGAGCAGGUGCCAACAUCACAAAAGCUUUCCUAAUCCAGAGGAAGUAUGAGCCCAAAGGACCCUUGAUCAAUUCUGAAUUCUAUACUGGCUGGUUAGACCAUUGGGGCACACCUCACUCAACAGUAAAGACUGAAGCGGUAGCAACAGCCCUCCAGGAUAUUCUUGCCCGAGGGGCGAAUGUGAACUUGUACAUGUUUAUAGGUGGGACCAAUUUUGGCUAUUGGAACGGAGCCAACAUGCCCUACCAGCCGCAGCCCACCAGCUACGACUAUGACGCCCCCCUGAGUGAGGCAGGGGACCUCACCGAGAAGUACUUUGCUGUGCGAGAUGUUAUCCAGAAGUUUGAAAAAGUACCAGCAGGCCCUAUCCCUCCAUCCACACCGAAGUUUGCGUACGGAAAAGUUGUUCUGAAAAAGUUAAAGACCGUGGAGGAGGCGCUGAACACUCUGUGUCCCACGGGGCCUGUCAAAAGCGUUUAUCCCUUGACAUUUACCCAGGUGAAACAGUAUCUUGGGUUUGUGCUGUACCGAACCACUCUUCCCAAAGACUGCAGCAAGCCAACCCCUCUCUCCUCGCCCCUCAGGGGCGUUCACGACCGGGCCUACGUCUCCGUGGACGGGGUCCCCCAGGGAGUCCUUGACCGGGACAAUGUGAUUACUCUGAACAUAACGGGGAAAGCUGGAGCCAUGCUGGACCUUCUGGUGGAGAACAUGGGGCGUGUGAACUACGGCCAUUUUAUGAAUGAUUAUAAGGGUCUGAUUUCUAACUUGACCCUCAACUCCAGUAACCUCACAGACUGGGCGAUCUUCCCGCUGGACAUUGAGAAGGCUGUGUGCCACAUGGGUGGCUGGCACGGCAGUGACAGAAGCCACCGCAGUGAAGCCCAUGCCCACUCAUCUAACUAUACCCUCCCGGCCUUUUAUGUGGGGAACUUCUCCAUUCCCAGCGGAAUCCCAGACUUGCCCCAGGACACCUUUAUCCAGUUUCCUGGGUGGACCAAGGGCCAGGUGUGGAUUAAUGGCUUUAACCUCGGUCGCUACUGGCCGGCCCGGGGCCCCCAGAUGACCUUGUUUGUGCCCCAGCACAUCCUGGUGACCUCGGCCCCAAACACCAUCGUGGUGCUGGAACUGGAGCGGGCGCCCUGCGGGGACGAGCCCCUCGGACCGUGCACCGUGGAGUUCGUGGACACGCCGGUGAUCAGUGCUCCUGUGGCCCGCAGCCGUCACAGGCACAAUCCAGUGUCUGA